AUGUUAACAGAAUUAAAUGAUCGUAGUGAAGAAUUUCUUUCGAUCGAUGUUGAAUCAAUUGCAACUGGUUACACUCACGAAGAUCGUCAUCCAGUAACUGUAAGUGUUGUCAAUAUCAAAGGUGAUGUGAUAUAUGAAGGAAUUAUCAAACCAUCGAUACCUGUCGUCAGUUAUUUGACGAUACUAACUGGAUUGAAAAAAGGUGAUUUAGAUAAUGGUGAAUCAAUGGAAAUUGUUCUCGAAAAUGUAAGUUGGCAAAUAUAA